AUUGUUUUAGGGGCAUAGUGAACCUAACAGCCAUACAGAUUGAAGGACACAGAAAAGUCCACAAGAUGGCAGUGACGGCGCUCAACGCCAGACAUUUCGAAGCCGAAGAAGAACAGGAAGCAACAUCUCAUGACGUAGAAAUACAGCGCCACAGCUAGCUUCAUUAGCUUACGUUUCCUGAGGUUACUGACAGCUCCCCAGCUCAUUUUGGCGGGUGUCCUCUGUGGUUAGAUGGUUUAGUCCCCACCGACAGUCGGUAUGGCAGAGGAGGAGGGUUUAUCACCGACCCUUCUGACAGAGGGAAUGAGACACAGCGAUGGCGGCUUCGUAGCCCCCGACGGUUUAUGCUGGGUGUCGGUGCUGUCCUGUCUGCUGCUCGCCUGCUCGUAUGUUGGGAGUCUGUACGUGUGGAGGAGUGACCUGCCGAGGGAUCACCCUACUGUGAUUAAGAGACGCUUCACCAGUGUCCUGAUUGUGUCGGGCCUUUCACCUCUCUUUGUGUUGGCAUGGAGAGAAUUCACUGGUGUCAGGACUGACUCAUCGUUAUUCGCUCUCAUGGGGAUCCGGUUUGAAGGCCUCAUUCCUGCCAUCAUACUGCCUCUGGUGCUCACCAUGGUCCUGUUCUUGGGCCCCCUUAUGCAGUUGGCCAUGGAUUGUCCCUGGAGCUUCAUGGAUGGGAUCAGGGUAGCCAUUGACCCGUGCUUCUGGACGUUGUGUUUCAAUGACAUGCGCUGGUUGAGGAAUCAAGUGGUGGCACCAUUGACAGAGGAGCUGGUAUUCAGGGCCUGCAUGCUGCCCAUGUUGGUGCCGUGUGCUGGCCCUUCUCUGGCCAUCUUCACCUGUCCUCUCUUCUUUGGAGUAGCUCACUUCCACCAUGUGAUCGAGUUGCUGAGGUUCAGACAGGGAACGCUGUCAGGAAUCUUCCUCUCGGCAGGGUUCCAGUUUUCCUACACAGCGGUGUUUGGGGCCUACACUGCCUUUAUCUUCAUCAGAACAGGUCACCUGAUUGGCCCGGUCCUCUGCCAUUCCUUCUGCAACUACAUGGGUUUCCCGGCCGUCAGCACAGCCCUGGAGCACCCCCAACGCAUCAUCGUCCUCUCCUCCUACCUGCUGGGGGUCCUCCUCUUCUUUUUCUUCCUCUUCCCCUUCACUGACCCCUUCUACUAUGGCCUUCCAACACCAGUCUGCACCCUUACCUCCUACACCAGCUCCCUCUGCCUCUCCUGAUACUUGCCCCCCCCCGGCAAACACACAUACACACACGCACACUUGAUGAAACAGUCCAGUGUUUUUUGCCAAGUUAGCGAGCAGCUCCGGUCCUGUGGGGGCCGACAGCGCUAGCCAUCUGGGCAUAUUUGCCAUGGAGAGUUACCAGACCUUCUUUCUGAGCUCAUCAUCUGUGGCAGCUGUAUUUCUUGACUCUUCUCCCUGGUGACUUUCUGCAGUAAAGACGUCGGGAGACAUUAUGGGUUUGGGUUGCAAGAUUCCCUGUAGACAUGUGAAAGCAUUUGCUAACUUUGCAACAUUACGACUACUGACAACCCAUAAUUCAACGCUAUAAAGACUGUAGUUACACUGGUACUCACCUUUUUGUUAAGCCAAAUCUAAUGAAAAUUGACAAUUGGACGUGACCUUGGAAUUGGCAUUAAUGUGCUUUGGGUGAUGAUAUUACAAUCCGACAGAGCCUGACCACAUAACCCCUAACCCGGGAUCUGAUUGGCCGAACCUUGAACGAGUGUAAAUGCAAGUAUGUCAUAUAUCCACCUAUUACAACUGCUUGAGUGUAAAUGCAUAUUAAGUGUCGUGGUUCCAUCCAAUUGAGGUAGCAGCAAGGCAGCUAACUACUGGUGAUGGUGUUUAAGAUUUCAAUUUCCCUGUCAUUCUCCUUUCAGAAGAGGGUUUGCUCCCUGUCCCCUUCACUUUCUGAAACGUUCAAUGUUCAAGCUUCUCACCAAUCAACUAAUCUUUUUUUUUCUGUAGUGUUUCCUGCCACUCUCUUAACCUCAGUCAUGUAGAGACAUUUGCAAGAUGAUCAGGAUGGAACACUUACCUUCAUUGCUGUGAGAAGAAAACCCUUUUUAUAUUGUUCCCAAACAAUAUACUCAAUAGCCAAUAAUCACACAAUAUGCAGAGAGCAGCAUCGACAGAGACUGCAGAGACUAUUUUUGCUAAGCAUUUAGCAGCUCCCUUUUUUUACUAUACAACACUUGCAGGAAUAAUCAUUUGAAAUGUGCAUUUUCAGAACUUGUGAAUAUGAAUUGUUGGUCAGCUGGUGAAACUGAACUCCACAGAUGUUUCUACUGAACACUAUAUUUUGUAACCAGAUCUAUUUUGGUGACAGAGUGUACAGAUAUUUGCAUGUAUUUUACACUCACUGUGUCACACAAUCUGAGUUAGAGAACCAUGUUUUAGUAUGACAAUCUUUUACAGGAACUUUGGAAUUCGUGCAAAAUAUCUAUUUGUAAAUAAAUAACGUAAUUUUA